CCUGUCAACCAAGACAAACUUGAAGUAUCGAAGAUAUUAUUUGGAACUGCAUCAUUCGGUGGACUUUAUGAUGAAGUUGGAAAAUGCUCACCUUUUGAGGCUGUAUCGAGAGCUCUUGAAUUAGGAAUCAACGCAUUCGAUACAAGUCCUUAUUAUGGAGAUAGCGAAAAAGUUCUUGGCUCAGUUCUCUCAUCGCUCAAUGAUAAAUAUCCACGUUCACACUAUUAUAUUAUUACAAAAGUUGGAAGAUAUGGACCGACUAAAAAAGACUUUGACUACUCUCCAAAGCGUGUUCGUGAAAGUGUUGAAGAAAGUUGUAGACGACUGGGAACUGAUUAUCUUGAUGUCGUGUACACUCAUGAUGUAGAGUUUGUGGAUAUUGAUAACGUCGUUGGUGAUGAUGGGGCUUUGAUGGAAUUGUUCAAGUUAAAGAAAGAAGGAAAAUUUAAAUAUGUUGGGAUUUGUGGAUAUCCAUUGGACGUGCUUCUCAAAAUAGCAGAAAUCCAAUAUGAACAUAAUCAACCACUUGACAUUGUACAGUCCUAUUCUCAUUACUGUCUUCAAAAUACACUUCUCUCAACUUACGUUCCAAAGUUCAAAAAUCUUGGUGUAAAAUAUUUAAUGAACGCUUCUCCUUUAUGCAUGGCCCUAUUGACUGAAACUGCACCACCAGGAUGGCACCCGGCACCCGCCGAAUUAAGAACAGUUACUUCUAAAUGUGUAUCAUACGCAAAAGAGAAUGGACUUAAUAUUCAUAAGUUGGCCGUACAGUUUUCAUUGGAAUGGGAUGGUGCAGAUAGUACCGUUAUUGGACUGUUGAAUAGGAAGCAGGUCGAAGAAGCCGUUUCGUGGUUUAAUGAAGUUUUGGAUAGAAAAAGUGGUGUAAAGAACGUUGAUAAGAUGGAGCUGAUUACCGUUCAGGAGAUUCAGAAAAUGAUGGGAGGUUGGUUAAAUUGGAGUUGGGAAUCUCCAGCAAAUAAAUCAGAUUAA